GGUGACAGUUUGGUUGUGGCGGUGCCCACGGUACGCGGUGUGUUGGUUUGUCUGUGGUGCGAUGGGCUCGGCUCACAGGUCGCUGUGAAGUGUGUUCCUUCCAUCCAAAGUGGCUGUUUAGUGCAGAGUGUUGCGAACUUGGUUCGUGUAGUGAAAAUUAGUGACAAAAAAGGGAUGUGAAUUUUCACAUUAAAGAGGUGUGCGUGUGUGACUACUAGUGUACCAGUGGUUAGUGAGCGGUUCAAGAAGAUAACUUUUCCAACAGCCCUUUUCUUCAGAAUGUUUAACGACCGAAAACUCACCGGAACGGGUCACGGAUUCGUGAAGGCGUACAGUAACAACUGGCUGUCGCAACUGGGUGCAGUGUACAGAUAUGAAUCACCGAAGGAUGUGCUGCGCAAACCGAACCAUCAGCAUCGCAAGAUCGCACUGUACAGCAUACUGGCGAUGGCGUUCGUUGCCUUCUUUACGCUCUUCAUGAUCGUGCACGAAGCGGAACGCAAAUCGCGCAACAAGAUCUUGAUCGAGUCCAGCUUCACGAACGAAACUGCCAUCGAGCCAAGUGCGGGCGGGUAUAACACCAUCCUAACGACUCCGCUCUCCUCGGGUAUUCCAGCGAACGAAACGAAAGCAAUGAACGACGGCGAGGCAGAAGAAGGAUCGUCCAUGAAACGGACCCGUCGGCUACGGUACUACGGUGCGGAGCAGAAACCGACCGUCCGCCCGUCGGAGCUGGUCGGUCGCGAUCGGUUGGUGCUGCUGCCGGCACGCUUUCUGAAGCCACCGUUGCGUGCUCCCGAGUGGACAUCCUGGGAGGAAGCGAAAGAGAGCAAUUCCACCCAAGCGGACGAGGCAGAACGUCGGCGGGAUGUUUUGAACGUGGAACCGAAACCUUUCCAGCUGGCACCGUUAAAUGGCCAAACGGUACCGAUCGGAUUCCAACAACCGCGCGUCAAUCGAACGCCGAAAGCGCUCGCGCACAACGAUUGGACGCCCUCGAACGUGCAGGACAUUGUGCGGCAGCUAACGCUGGCUAAGCGCAAGCAGCAGCAACAGCUUCAGCAGCAGCACCUACUCUACUACAACUACCCGUACGCUCCUCAGGCUCUUCAACCGGCCGAGUUUAACCACCCGGUGCAUCCGAACCAUCGCGUAAAGUUAAGCGGCAUCUAUCGCCAUCCACGGAAGGAGGGUGACAUCACAACGCUGUUUGGGGCGGCCUCGCAAAAACCCCGCGAAGUGCAUCUGCAAGCACCGCAGCUCAUCAACCAGCAGCUGCAGCCCGAUCGGCUCUACAACUUCAAACCCUCCAACCCGAGCGAGGUGAAUCUGCUCGCGACGGAACAGUUCCGCUUUGCACCGGCCAGUCAGGCGACGCCCUCGGACAGUGAGGAGUGGCCAACGCGUGGUAUGCCUUUCUCCGUUAUGCUUAAUCUCGAACCGAUGCCAGUGGUUGGACUUGGUACGAAGAGCUUUGCGCAGCAGCAACGGUAUCACCAACGGAAGCGCAUCCGCAACCCGUACCGCAAUCCGUACCGUCAACCGGCCUGGCCGGAGCAAACCUUUGCCCAACUCACGCCUUACCAGCAGCAGCAGCAGCAGCGUGUAAGACCCUCCACAGCUCAACCGUAUCGGGCGGUGCCGUUCGGACAGGCCGCUAGUGACGAGUACGAAGGUGGUGAGAACUACUUCCGCAAGGAGGGACGUGUCCCACCGCGUAUCCCUCCCUUCUCCGCUCCCUUUAUCGCUCCCGGACGGUUGAUGGUACACUUUAACAUUUACCCCCGGCAUCAGGCGGUAUCGCAGGUGGCGAAUCGCAAAUCAAGCCACGAUUACAGUACGACACCGGCGACCGCUUCACUAGAAUCGCUGGAACUAAAUAAAGGAGAGGAAAGGCAACAGCCACAGCCCGUGGGACAGCAGCCGCCCAGUGAAGUCGCUCCGCCAACGCUGGCACCGGUCACCUCCACCGUGGAGGUGAUAAAAUCGAUCGAAAUUCCAACACAGAUCAACUUCGAUCAUGUCCCGCUGGGACGGAAUCCACCGCCACCGCUGCCAUCGUUUAGCCGGUGGACGAGUGAUGAAUGGGGUGGCUCUGGUCGGUGGACCGGUGGCGUACGGGUGUGAGAAAGGAUGCAUUUUCUUACAGUGAAAGGGAAUGAUAGUAAUUAGGUUGGUAAGACGAUAUGAUAGGGUAGAGACACGAGGCUGGGAAUAUGUGCAUUAAAACGGAGUAGAGGAUUGUUUGGUGAUGGAGAAGAAGAGUCCUCUCACCGCAGUUUUAUCUUCGUUGAUAGUUUCAUUUUAUCAAGAAGCUUUAUGUCAGUUAAUGAUAAACCAAUGGAAUGCUUGUUUAACGUGGCAUUUACAGGACGCGUAGGUCCUUCGACGCUCUAGCGGCGCGAAGGAUAGCGCGAAGGAUAGCAUGGCUCUUGUCCACAUUGGAGGACCUUUUGCACGCGUUAGUUGCCGAAAUAAAAAAAUGUCCAUUUAAGGAGGGAUAAUAUAAAAUUAUUCUAAGGUUAUUUGUUAACUAACAACAUGAACGAUAUGCAUUUUGCUCUCAAAUUCUGAUAGAAAACACAUUUGUCUAAAGGCAUAGGGAGAUGAGUUGUAAAAUGUGUUUCAUCAUAAAAUUCAAAAUAAAAUAGAAAAGGAAAACAUAUCGACCUCAAUUUUUCAAUUCAAUUUCAAACAGCAUUAAUUUUGGGUUUAUCUCUGACUGCAGGAACGGUAAGGAAGGUAAGACACAAUUAUGAUUACAACUCACACUUCUUCAACUACAGAUGUAGGAAGAAGGAAAAUAAACUAAUUCUGAACUAAUUUAAUUAAAUAUUGUUGUAGAACAUUGUCCAAAUUUUAUUUAGGUUUGUUAUUAAACACAAAUCUAAAUUCGAGUUUAAAUUAUUAAAACACAAUUACACUACUAACAAGCAGUAGCAAAAAUAAUGACAGAACCUAAGAACAUAACCUCAAGACUACAAAAAGCAUAAAUAGCAUUUCAUUCAUCGUACGAUCACUCAAGUAAGAAGAGGGUGACCCCUAGUGAAAUUGUUCUUCUGAUAUUCCGUUCUGUUGUUCAAACAGCAACCAGGUUUGUCAAACUUAUGCCACUGGCCUCAUUAUUAUUUUAAUAUUUCCAUUGAAAUUUUUUAACCUUCUCACAAAAGUGCGCUCAUGCUAAAAAAGCGA